GCGCUGAUUUACUUCUAACACGCGCCCAACGGUAUUUAAGCAGUCUUCGCCCCGCACGUCUUCAGACUAUCUAUACUAUCGCUCACUAACAUUAUCUACCAUGUCGGAAGAAAAAGCUACAGCAGUGCACUACGAGGUCAACAGCCAGGACGAUGCGUCCAAAAACGUGGAGAGCUAUCAUAUUGCACACGAAGUGGUCAACUCCGAACCCACCGCUUUCUUGUAUCUUUUGGUGACGGUUGCAUCUGUUUCGCACUUUAUGUUUGGCUACGAUACCGGAUACAUUUCCUCCGCCUUGGUUUCCGUCAACAACGACCUUGGCGAGCCGUUGACUUAUGGCAGGAAGGAGUUCAUCACAUCCGCCACCUCCCUUGGUGCAUUAAUCACCGCGGUUUUUGCUGGUUCGAUCGCGGAUGCGAUUGGGAGAAACUACGCUUGUCAGGUGGCGAACGCUUUCUUUGUGAUUGGAGCAGUAACCCAAGCGGCCGCACAGAACGUUUGGACCAUGAUUGUGGGCCGGUUUAUUAUGGGGUUUGGCGUGGGGAUCGCGUCUGUGGUCUCUCCCCUCUAUAUCACGGAGCUUGCCCCUGCAAAAUGGAGAGGUAGAUUGGUCAUGAUGGCGUCUAUUAUUAGAACCGGUGCCCAGUUGGCCAGCUACGGCAUUGGUGCCGGGCUAGUGCACGUGAACAAGGGCUGGAGAAUCUUGGUGGCGAUUUCGCUCUUCCCAACACUUCUCCAGGCCGCGCUUUUGACCAGACUUCCCGACACCCCGCGGUACUUGGUUGGGAAAAACCGUCUCGAUGAAGCACGCGAUGUGAUGGUGAGGAUCAACGGCGGGGCUAGUGAUAAGUCGAUUGACGCAAAGAUUGUAGAACUCCAGGAAGCAACCUACGACCCUACCAAUGGCAUGUCCGCGUUCAAGAAGUUCUGUGUCAAGUACAGAGAGCUCCACACCGUUCCUUCUAACUUCCGUGGCUUGAUUAUUGUCUGCGGGAUGCAGGGUAUCAACCAGUUCACCGGGUUCAACUCUUUGAUGUACUUUUCGGCGACAAUCUUCGAGAUGGUGGGAUUCAAGAACGCCACCGCUGUGUCAAUUUUGGUCGCGGCAAUCAACUUCAUCUUCACCAUCGCGGUGUUUUUCUUCAUUGACCGCUUGGGCAGAAGAAAGCUUAUGAUUAUUUCGCUCGCGGGUAUGGUGUGUGCGUUGGUUCUUGCGGCGGUUGCGUUCCAUUUCAUGGACAUCAAGUUUGCCAACAACCAGGCGGUUAUUAACACUACCGGGAUGACUGGUUGGGGAAUUGUCAUUUUGGUUGCAAUGUUGCUCUAUGUGGCGUUCUUUGCCUUUGGUACCGGUGCCGUUCCAUGGCAACAGUCCGAAACCUUCCCUAUGAACGUGAGAGGCCUUGGGUCUUCGCUUGCAUGUGCCGUAAAUUGGUCCGGCUCGCUUAUUAUUGCCUCCACGUUCUUGACCAUGAUGGAGAAAAUCACCCCAACCGGGACCUUUGCCUUCUUCGGGGCAGUAUCCUUCAUCUCGUUAAUCUGCGUGUUCUUCUUAUACCCUGAGCUCGGUCACUUGGAGUUGGAGGAGACCAAGGAAAUCCUUGAGACCAAGUUUGAUAUCAAGCGGAGUAUCCAGUUGAGCAACUUGAGAAAGAGACAGACCAGAAAGGGGUAUUCCGAAGAGGAGCUUUAAACGGACAAACGGGUGCUGGACGCCCGCUACCGUGAUAUUUAACCAAGAAUUAGUAAUGCACUGAUGAACUAUACUGUAUAAAGAUGGUCUAAAAGAGGGUAGGGCACGAAAACACAAUUGCCCCGAUACAAGACUCGACACGGGCACUUUCAGCUGAUAAAUGAUCUGUCGGAAAUAUGUUUUAAGAUAAAAAGUAGAGGACACUCCGAUACCGGGAGUCGAACCCGGGUUUGCUCGGUGAAAGCGAACCGUGCUAGCCGUUACACUAUAUCGGAUGAUAUAUCUGGGAUAGACGUUGAGGCCAUCUGGUGAGAUAACGACUAAAUAUAAUGCACCUGCGACAAACACCUUCUAAUAUUUAGACCCUCGGACAGAAAUUGUCAAGGCUCACACACUUCGAUAGACGUAUUAUCACAUGGUUGACCUGGAAAUGGUUCGCCUUUCACA